AUGGAAUUCAAGAAGGUGCCUCUAUACUCGGUACCUGCGCUUAAGGGUGAAUGUGAUGUUCAUAUUGCUGAUGUGUUUGGGUCUCUUGGGUAUGAAGAAUCAUUUGGGCUAAUGGAUACCAAACUGAUUAUCGGAUACACAUCAGUUGCAAUAGCUGGACUGAUGUAUUAUCUAGAAAAGCAAUAUAAAAAUGACUUUACAAACGCAGAGUACGUGUAUUAUUUGCAAAUUUUAGUUGGCUUCUUUUUUACAUUGCAAGGCAUCUUGUACCUAUUUUCCAAAUUCAUUGAAAGAGACAUCAAGUACAGGGGAACAAAGAAGGGGAAGACCGUUACGGUUAGUACAUCAACAAAAUCCAAAACGAAUGUGAAUUACAAAAUGGACAUCGAGAUUGACCAUAAGCACCAUGAGUGUGUUUUCCCGCUAAACGAAGUUUUCUUUGAUGAUGGCUACUUAAGUAUGGAUGCAUUCAAGGAAAAGAUAGUUACAUUUGUCGGAUCCAUCGAUAAAUCAAAAUAG